AUGCGGUGGUUACAGAUCUUACCAUUCCUCAUCGAGGCAGCGUCGGCCUUGACAUCAGCGCAGUGGCGGUCGCAGUCCAUCUAUCAAGUCCUCACAGAUCGUUUUGCCUUGACCAAUGGAUCGACAUCGCAACCCUGCGGCGUGGGAAGCUACUGUGGAGGGACAUGGCAAGGCAUUAUCAACAAGCUGGACUACAUCAAGGGCAUGGGCUUCACAGCAGUGUGGAUCUCGCCCGUUGUCAAGAACAUUCCGAAUUCGCCAUAUGGCAAUCCAUAUCACGGGUACUGGGCGCAGGAUAUCUUUGCCCUGAACUCGAAUUUCGGCUCUGCAAGUGAUCUCAAGGCGCUCUCGGCUGCGCUGCACGCGCGCGGGAUGUACCUCAUGGUCGACGUCGUCGCCAACCAUGUCGCUUUCAAUGGUCCUCCUAGUGCUGUGGAUUAUAGCCAAUACAGCCCGUUUAAUGAUAAAAAGUACUAUCACCCAUAUUGCGCGAUCGACUACAGCAAUACGACCAGUGUUCAGAACUGCUGGAUGGGAGAUACUGCCGUUCCUUUGCCUGAUCUCAGGACGGAGGAUGCUGUAGUACAAAAAGGCUUUCAGGGUUGGAUCUCGCAGCUUGUGCAGGACUAUUCGAUUGACGGCCUGCGUCUGGACAGUGCUAUGCAGACCACUCCGUCAUUCUGGCCUGGCUUCAUUUCCGCCUCUGGCGUCUAUUCCAUCGGCGAAGUUCUUGAUGGUAACCCGAACAGUCUGUGCGCCUGGCAAAAUUACAUGCCUGGUAUGCUCAACUAUGCGGCGUACUACUGGGUGAUUCGCGCCUUUUCUUCCAACACGGCGACCAUGACAGAGCUCACCAACAAUAUUCAAUGGCUCAACGCGACCUGCCAAGACACCACCCUGCUGGGCAACUUUCUGGAAAACCACGAUCAAGCCCGAUUUCCUUCCAUGACGACUGAUAUCGGUCUGACCAAGAAUGCAAUUGCGUUCACUGUACUCAACGAUGGCAUUCCGGUCAUCUACUACGGGCAAGAGCACGGCUUCUCUGGCGCUGCGGACCCAUACAAUCGCGAAGCGCUGUGGACUUCCGGUUACACGACGAAAUCUACCCUCUACACAUUCAUUUCUGCACUGAACGCCGCCAGAAACCUUGCUAUCAACAAAGACCCCACCUACGCCAGCUCCAAAUCGACAGUGUGGUACUCGGACUUGCAGACUCUUGUCACCAGAAAGGGUGCUGUCGGCUCCAGUCUCAUCUCAGUAUUCACCAACCGGGGAGCUGCCGGCAAUGGUAGCUUCACUCUGACAGCAGCCAAGACUGGAAUUCAGGCGAACAGCAGAUAUACAGACUUGCUUACUUGCAAUGUCUUCGUUGCAGAUGCAUCUGGCAAUCUUGCCAUUACCAUUACCAACGGACUGCCGCGUGCUUUGUAUCUCAGCACUGGAUUGAGGGGCAGCGAUGCCUGUGCA